GUGGUGGAGGAAGAGAUGACGAACGACGACGACGACUUUGAAGACGACGACGAUGAACCACUGCAGAGGAAGGCGAGGGUUAGUUCCGCGGGGGGGGGUUAGAAUAAACGAGGGGGGGGAAGGGACACCGACCGCAUGGCGCGGCGGUGGCGUUGCCGCGGCCAACCAACCAGUCUUUGUCGACGUGGCACGCGACGUGGCAAGGAGGGACGUCGGUGGCCGCGCGAAGGAAGGGGGCGCCUCGCAUGAGACUGCGCAAUGCGUGCUUGCGCCAGUGAAUUGCCCCCGAACCCCGGCUGCAGACGUGGCGGGGAGUUCCCAAGCAGCGGUUGAAGGUGGGACGUUGCGAUUUCCCGCGAUGGCGGCGCGAGGCGGCGCUGUGGAGGUCCCGGGAGAGGCGGUUGAAGUCUCGAAGGGAGGAGAUGGCGCGGCAGCCGGGGAAGACGAUGAGGCUCUAGUGCACAGGCUACACGGGCAACGAGCGGCGACACAUGCGAUGGAUGUCGCCACCAAACUUUGGGAGGAUGACAACAGAUUCUGGAACGACACGCAGGGGAACGCCAUAGUGAGGAUAAUCCAAGAAGCGCGCGCGUAUCUCGUGGCCGUGGCGCGGGGAGUGCAGCCUCCGGCUAUUCAACGGAGCAUCUCCCUUCCACACAACUCCAUCCCCCAACACAAAAUCGAGGACGAGUCAGAGCUGAACGCAGCGAAAGAGAGGGCGUUGAAAGUGCAGACAAUCUCCCUCAAGGCGAUCCACGGUUGGGUCUUCAAGUCGGAGAGCAGGCAAAGGGGGUAUCACUUGGCAUACCAAUACACGUUGAAUCACGCUGCCACGGACAUUGCUAGAGCAAUGUGGUCAGCAAAGGACUGGCGCAGUUUGGUGAGCCCAAUGUUGUUCCGCACCACAUUGCACGUAGACAUAAAGUUGCAUUUGUGGUUCGUGGGCGUGAACAUAGUGGACAGGCAUGAGGACAAUGAGUGCGCGGCUUACCAGGGAGCUUGUGUCCAGCGUCUGGUGCGGGAUUUUACAAGCGCAGUUGGCACGACAGAAGCUAUGGACGGUGGUCGAGUGUCGUACGAGCGUCUGAAGGGGAUGGCAGAGGCGAUGAGGUAUUUGCUCGCCGCCACGAUGUGGAUUAUGCGAAUGGCGGGGGACGAUCCGAGAUCGAAUUACGACGCUUGGGUUUUCGUUCAACAUACGGCGAAGACGACGCUGCUGGCGUCCAUGAACCGUUAGUUCGACGCCCGCCGACACAUCAAGCAAUCCGCGCAGGUCAUGACGGACAAGUUGGGGAGACUGCCUCCGACCUUCGCCCCCCCACCUG